UUGCACCUGCUGGAUACGCCUGCUAUAACAGCAGUCGUCCGUUCGACUAGAAUAGUACUUGUAGAAGCUUCUGUACAGCGACGCCGUUGGCGGCAGACGCCAUAUAGCGGCUGUAAGGAUAAUGGAGGCAUUUAAGCAAUUCGAUUUCGACGCGAAUGAGCAGUGGAAGGGCUACCUGCGGAGCGUCGAGCUCACAAACGACUCGCCGGGAAUGCUGACGAAGCUCAAGGCGAGAUGGUACAAGAAGAAUGUGGACUCGACGUUUGAGCUGCCCGCCGCUGGCGCCGGCGCCGCCAGCGCGAGCAGCAAGUUCUCGUCAGGGCCUGCGCCCGCAGCCUCCGCCUCCAGCACACCCAAGCCCCCCACCUCGGGCACCACCGGCUCCGGCUCGGGCACAUACGCCUCAAGCAACUACGCCGCGCCGCCUCCACCCCGCUACGGCGGCACUGGCGGCGGCGGCGGCACGUACGGUGGGCCGACGGCUCAGCGGCGGCUGUUUAUGAUGCACCUGGCUCUGUUGGUGCUGGGCGUGUGGAGUGUGGUGCCGCUGCUGCCGGGCGGCCGCCGCGCCUACGUGUUCCUACUGCGCUGCAGCAUCAUGGCCCAGGGCUACAAGAUCUACCUGCAGCAUGGGCUGCCCUCGUUCCGGCCCUGGAGCAUGGCCAUGGCCUGGGUCCAGCGGGUCAUCCCCACCGCCGACUUCCUGCAGCUGCUGGUGGCCUUCUCCUUCUCCGCCGCUCCCCCCAUGGUGCUGGUGGCUGCGCCCAUCCUGGUGCUGGCCGCCUACCACGCCGCCGCCUACGUGGCAGCGCACCACAGUGGCCACCCGCUGUGGCAGCGCUACGGCGCCAGGCUGCACGCGGUCAUGCUGCGGCGCCAGUCUGACGCGGUGCUGCUGAACGCGGCGUGCGAGGUGGCCACGGCCUUCAUGCUGGUGAUGCACCUGCUCACGCCCGCACGCAGCUUCCUCACACUCAUAUUCUAUGUGCAGGUCCUGAAGCUCAAGCUGCACGUGCCCGACACAGCCGUGCAGCACCGCAAGGUUUGGUCCAUGAUCGAUGACUACACACGGCCUUACCGCGCCCGGCUCCCCCCAAUGGUGGAGACUGCCAUCCAGGCGGGGGCGCGCUGGAUGACGGCGGUGCCGGGCGCGCCGCAAUAGCAGCAGUAGCAGUGGCAGCAGGAGUGGCAGCAGCUUCAGGAGGGCAGGAGGACAGGAGGAGCAGUAGGGGCAGGAGCAGCAGGAGCAGGCACAGGCGGCUGUGGCAGAGGCGUGUGCCGAUGGAUGGAUGGAGGGGCGGGAAGACGCGCAAAGGGGUCCAGCGUGGCGGCGGGGAGGUGGCAACGGACGGAGCAGAGCAAUGGUGGCAGUGUGGUGGCGUGUGCAACGAGGCAAGGUGUGCAUGGGCGGUGGGGGGGGGCGGGGUAGCGGGGGAGGGCCGGGGUAGCGGGAGGUUUGAGAUGGAGGGCUGCUGAGGGCAGGCUUCGGAAACGAAACAAUCACCC